AGCACCCUCCUAUCCUCUUUCGUCCCGUCCGUCUAACUCACCGGGCGGGCGGCGGCAGCUUCCCCCACGCUACCAAUGGCGCCUCCCGCCUCCGCAUCCACCUCGGCGCCGCUCUCCCUCCCCCUGCCCGUCCGGUUCACCCCUUCCCCAUCCCGCGUCCUCCGACGCCUCCCCGCGCCCUCCUCCCGCCUCCUCCCGCGCCGUCGCGUCGCGCUCGCACCCGCCCGGCCUGGAGCCGCGCUCCUCUCCAGCCUCAGCGACGCGCGGGAGCAGGAGGAGGAAGAUGAAUUCUAUCAACAGGAGGAGGAACAGGAAUACGACGACGAAGACGACGACGAGGAGCUGGUGGAGGUGGGCUACGUGACCGGCGCGCACGGGGUGCGCGGCGACGUCCUCGUCGCGCCACGCACCGACUUCCCCGAGCUCCGAUUUGCCACGCCGGGGAAGAGAUGGCUGAGGGCUCGGGCUGCCGGGAAGCAACAAGUCAAGGAAUUCGAGCUUGUUCGAGGAAGGGCUCACACGGGGAAGAAGAGUUGGAUCAUCAACUUUGAUGGGAUCAAUAAUUUGGAUGAGGCUAGGCAAAUAGUUGGUUCAGCGAUACUUGUGAAAGCUGAAGAUAGGCCAGAAAUUGAGGAAGAUGAAUUCUAUUCACUUGACCUUGUUGGCAUGAGAGUUAUUGUCAAGGACACGGGCAAGCUUGUAGGAACAGUUGCUCAGGUUUUCAAUUUUGGAGGUGGAGAUCUUCUACAGGUGAUGAUUGGCUCUGCUGAGGGUACUAUUGUUGAUCCAAAUUCAGAAAUUCAAGAUUCAAGUUCAUCACGUGAGCAUGUGUGGAUUCCAUUUGCCAAAGAUAUUGUACCUGAUGUUGAUACGGAGAGCAGAGAAAUGUGGAUUACACCUCCAAAGGGGCUGCUUGAGCUCAAUUCACGUUCUGAUAAGAGAUCAAAGAAAGAAAGGCGUGCGAUGGAGUGGAAGGAUAGGAAGAGGCUACAACGUCGUGUAAUUGCAGCAAAGAAGAUACUUUCUGAAAUGGACCAAGGCCAUGUUCUGGAAGGUUUGCUAUCAGGGGACAAGGUCCAAAAGGCCUCACUUGCAGAGCAGAUGGGGUGCAUUGACUUCCAAUUGUUCCGACAUGCAAUGCAUUCUGUAAGCAAACAAAUUGAAAGCCCUUCAAAGGAUUUGCUGGCUAACUCUUCACUGUCAAGAAAAGGAGUGAUGAGAAUACCAUACAAGAGUCUCAUCAACCAUGAAGAGAAAGCAGAACAUGUCUUCAGUAGUGAACUCAAAAAUGGUCUCGAGAUUCUUCUGAAGUCAAAAGCAGCUAUUGUACUUGUUAGAAAUGGCUCUAACUCUGAUGCCGAGUUUCUGAGUUUGCUAAAUUCUUUUAGUGAGUUUAUGAAGGUUUUAGAAAAUCAUGCCUCUCCCCCUUUCAUUAUUGUUUCCCCAGAUGAUCAUGUGGAGUCAAUUAGGAACUGCCUCAUAGAGAAUGACUAUUUUGGUUUGAACACUCAGAAGGUGUGGGUUCUGGAAGAACUGGAGCUUCCAAUUGUCAGUAUAUCCUCUGAGGUAAACAGGAAAAAGGUUCUGAUGAAGUCUCCCUGGGAGAUAAUUGAAAAGCCAGCAGGGUCUGGUGGUAUUUUCAGCUUACUGUCAUCGAAUAAAAUUUUGGACACCCUCAAUGAAAUGGGCGUGGAGUAUACACAGAUAUGCAGCUUGUCCAACAGGCCAGUCAUCGGGCAUCCUUUGCUCUUUGGGACUGUUGCUUCCCGCGGGGCCGAUGUUGGCAUCAAGCUUUCCAAGAUCAGCGAAACGGAGGACGAUUUUGAUCUGAUUCUUUCCAUCGACCAGCUAAACAAGAUGUGCAGGGAUGUUACUCAGCUCAGGUUCUCUGCCCGCCCUGAGCAAAACGCGCAUGUCGAGCGUGUCGAUGACCAGUGGGUCACCGUCCAGCCGGAGGCGGCGAAUUCGCAUCGCCUGCACGCCGACGUUACAAGUGUCUUGAACUCAUGCUCCCCUGGUAAGGUGUGCGUUAUGGAGAUUGUUGAGCAAUGAGGUCCCUUCUAGCCAGUUUUCUAUUGUUUUCUUCCACAUGCUGUAUAGCUCUCUAGGGGAGCAGCUAAGCAAUGUAGUAUCUGCACACUUGUGUCUAAUUUUUUUUUUACCGAAUUAGACACUUGAAUCCAAGUCGAAUUCCGAGUUGAAUUUUAUAUAUCUA